AUGAAGCGUAUCAUCCUUCUCGCUGUUCUGUGCGCAACAGUGUUCAGUGGUUUAGGAAAAACUUGCGGUCCAAAUGAGGAGUGGAGAGAGUGUGGUAUUUCCUGUGAACCCAAAUGUAACGAAGAGAUGCCAAUUGUUUGCCCCGCGAAUUGCAUUAUCAAUGUUUGUCAAUGCAAAGAGGGAUUCAAGCGAGGACCAAACGGAUGUGUAGAACCAGGCCGCGACUGCCACUAG